AUGUCUUUCAGCAGAAGGAACUGGUCCGAUCUCUCCAGCCUGGCCAGGCAGAGGACCCUUGAGGAUGAAGAAGAACAGCAAAGAGAGCGCCGGCGAAGGCAUCGGAACCUGCUGUCCUCCACAUCCAUGGAUGAAGAACCUCCUAGCUCUGUGAAAGACACCAGUCCAGCCCCCAGAAGACCUCAGUCCCUGGUGAAGCCGGUGUCUCUGGAGGAUGGGAAAGAGCGUAAGGUCUCGGAGGUGCUGAAGACACAAGAAGAGAGAUGGAGGAGGUCCCCGAUGGCCGUGUCUGAAAAGCUGAGGCAAGAGAAGGAGCAGCAGGAGCCAGGGGUGGGAGCAAGCCAUGCAGAGGCAGGGACACAGCCACAUGUGGGGCAGGAAAUUGUCCAGUCUGGAGAGCAGGGUCAGGAUGUGACCAAGAGCAGAGGGGACCCACCACAAGACCAGCUUCUGGACCCAGCUUUGGAGAGGAAGGUGGUGGUGAGAGGUCGGCUGCGGGACAAAGAGGGACAAGGUACAGGGAUGCCUCAGGGGGAGCAGAGGAAGGAGGUGGGAGAGGCACAGCAGCGGACGUCGCCAGAGGUGGGGGGCUGCCGCCUCCGCGAGGUGAAGAUCUUGACCAGGCAGGGAAGUCGCAGCAUGGAGGAGAAGACGGCCUCAGUGGUGACCUCAUCUCUGGACCACCAGCAACCAUCAAGGAAUCCCUCAAAGGCAGUAAUACAUCUGUCUCCCACCCAAGAUGAACCUGCAGAAAAGUCAAAUCCUUCUCCAACUCAUGUCACCUCCAUCAGACGAACCAGCCCAAGAACUGUGUCCUUUCGGAUGAUCUCAAGAAAAGAGAAAGAAGAAAGCCAAAGCCCUCUCACAAGAAGCGCGAGUCUGAGGAUCCCGGGCAGCAGCACCACCAUUGGGGAGAAGCUGGAAAAGUACACGUCAGCCGUGCAGCGCUCGGAGGCGGUGAAAUCGUCCCCAGCUGUUCAGAAGAGCCUCGUGCUGUCCUCGGAGGGGGUGGCCAGCAAACGCCACUUCUUCGAGGCAAGCACUCCCAGCAAGCCUGAGCCGCUCGCCGUCAGGAAGGACAACCUGAAGAUCCCGGGAUCGGUGACGUCCCGCAUUAAUCUGUGGAUCAGCCGAAGUCAGGAGCCUGCCCAGGAGGAAAGGAGCAAGGACACCAAGAAAAUAAACAGCCUGCCAAAGCGUGAUGUCUGGGUGAAGCAGCCUGGAGACACCCCUGGAGACACCAAGGUAGACAUGGAACUGCUUUGA